UGGGAAAUAAAGAAAAUGACGAAUAGAUUCAAAGAUAAGCUUGGUGAAGGAGGUUUUGGAGAGGUUUACAAAGGUGAACUUUCUGACGGCCGUGCAGUUGUAGUGAAGAUUUUAAAAGCAUCUAAGGGUGAUGGAGAAGAAUUUAUCAAUGAAGUUGCAAGCAUCAGCCAGACUUCGCAUGUCAAUGUCGUGUCUCUUUUAGGAUAUUGUCUUGAUGGGAGCAAAAGAGCUCUAAUUUAUGACUUCAUGACAAAUGGAUCCUUAGAGAAAUACAUAUACGGUGAUGGUUCUCUCUUGGGACUGAACAAAUUGUAUCAAAUUGCAGUUGGAAUUGCUAAAGGAUUGGAGUAUCUUCACCGUGGAUGCAAUGCAAGAAUUUUGCAUUUUGACAUAAAGCCUCAUAACAUACUCCUUGAUGAAGAAUUCUGUCCUAAGAUAUCAGAUUUUGGUUUGGCAAAACUAUGCACCAGGAAAGAACGCAUUGUUUCCAUGUUAGGAGCACGAGGGACGAUUGGUUAUAUUGCUCCCGAAGUAAUCAGUAGGAGUUUUGGAGGAGUGUCACAAAGGUCUGAUGUCUAUAGUUAUGGAAUGAUGGUUCUAGAAAUGGUCGGAGGAAGAAAGAAUGUCAAGGAAGAAGUGAGCCAUACAAGUGAGAUAUAUUUUCCUAACUGGGCAUAUCAGCACGUUCAGCUAGAUGAUGACCUGAAGCUACAUGGGAUUAUAGACAUAGAAGAAGAAGAAACUGCUAGAAAGAUGAUAUUAGUUGGUCUGUGGUGCAUCCAAACUGAUCCAGCACAAAGGCCAUCAAUGAGUAAGGUUAUUGACAUGCUAGAGGGAACCCUCGUCUUAGAAAUCCCACCAAAACCUUUAUUAUGUACUCCUUAUUGUUCAGGAAGACAUUCUUUGAACACACAGGCAAUGCCACUGAACGCCUCCAUAAUUUCUCCAUCCAGUUCAUCACUUUGUUCUACUGAAGAAUUAGCAACUUUCAUAGGCACAGCUGCCAAAGACAGAACUUUCUAG